AUGGAGAACGUCGGUCAUUCCUCGAGGGGUCGUCCUCGCGAGGCCCAGCCCGUGGCCGAUCGUAACCCUCAAGCGACCCUCUACCGCCUCAACUCGAAUCAGAGCAGCUCCAGCAUAUUUGAGAAUGUGGAGAUGGCUCACGAGGAGUUGUACGCCGGCCCUGUUGCUGAGAGCUUGCCGACCAGCGUCUCGGCUUUCUCCCACCGCCGAACCCGUGCCGAUUCGACGGCUAGCUUUACGUACUACGAGGAGGAUCAAGAGCCGUCUCCUGACGCGCAUAAUCACGCCGAUGAUCUGCGUAGGCCAAGCAUGAGCGACAGCUACUCAAGACGCAGCAUCAGUGACGUGGGCGACGUGGGCGAUUUCGAGUUCAGCGUUGUGGACGAUGACGACGAUUCUGAAGUCAACGAAUAUCCGGGUGCCGGCGAUGAGUAUCUACUCCGUCGCUGCUCCUCCACUCACUCCCGCGCUUCCGUCCACGCCCGGCUUCUUCGGCGCGACAGCACUGGCACGGCGGCAAGCUCGCGCCGAGAUGGACGUACGACGCAAAAGAUUUACAUGGCAAACGAGGAUCUGACCAUUGUCAUUGCCGGCUUUCGCACCAGUUCCGCCGGCUACGCCGCCCAUCUCCUUCUUUGCAUUCUCACCCUUGGUUUGGCAUUCCUGCUGUUCCGCUGGCUUCCGCGAUUGUAUGUGGCCGUUGUCGGUCGGCCAUGUCCUUUGAGAGACUGCGAUUGGGUCGUCGUCGAGAACCAGUGGGGAGAGCUGGCCAUCAUGCUCGUCAGGGCGCAGCCGUUCAAUCAGCCAGUUUCCUCGGUGUUUGGACUGCCAAACAAGAUGUACUCGUACGCACUGGACGAGGAAAGCGACCCAUUGAUGGAUCAUCUUCGAUCCCUAGACUAUCGUUACGUCCGCCUCUUAUUCCACCCCCUCAAGGACAAAUUCGUCUUAUCCGCCGGCUGGAAGGACCCCGAAUGGACCGAUGUUCGUAUGGUGCGAUCCGGUCUUGAUAGUGACGAAAAGAUGACCCGGGAGGUCAUCUUCGGAAGCAAUCUCAUCGACAUUGAGCAGAAGCCAAUAGGACAGCUACUUGUUGACGAAGUAGGUUUCCUCCCGAAGCUCGACGAAAUCGCUGGCCACCUUGCCGCUGAUUCAUGCUUACCGGUGCCGUCUCAGGUGCUGCAUCCGUUUUACAUCUUCCAGAUAGCCAGUCUAGUCUUGUGGUCUGUGGAUUCUUACUACUACUAUGCAGCCUGUAUUUUUGUCAUCUCGGUCGGCAGCAUCAUGGCCACGCUGCUCGAAACGCGCGCGACCAUGAAUCGUCUGCGUGAAAUAUCCCGGUUUGAGUGCGACGUCAGAGUUCUUCAGGAUGGCUUUUGGAAAUAUGUCUCAUCCAGCGACCUCGUUCCUGGCGACAUUUACGAAUUGAGCGACCCAAAUUUGUCGCAAUUCCCAAGCGACAGUAUUCUGCUGAGCGGUGACUGCAUUGUUAAUGAAAGCAUGCUAACUGGCGAGUCCGUUCCGGUAUCGAAGCUUCCCGCUACCGAUGAAACGCUCGAGGCCAUGGAUUUGGGAGCAGCGUCUGUAUCGGCCGAAACGGCAAGACAUUUCUUGUUCUGCGGCACCAAGAUCAUUCGCGCACGACGACCACAGGAAGACCAAGAUGGCGAUGCUGCAGCCCUCGCACUCGUCGUCCGGACCGGCUUUAACACCACCAAAGGUGCACUUGUCCGAUCGAUGCUGUUCCCAAAACCCUCCGGCUUCAAGUUCUAUCGCGAUUCGUUCAGGUACAUAAGCGUCAUGGCCAUGGUCGCGAUACUCGGUUUCGUCGCCUCGUUUAUCAAUUUCUUGCGACUCAAGCUCGCGUGGCAUCUGAUUAUUGUUCGAGCCCUGGACCUCAUAACCAUCGUCGUUCCGCCCGCUCUCCCCGCAACAUUAACCAUUGGCACCAACUUCGCCCUCUCCCGCCUAAAACGCAAGAAUAUAUUCUGCAUCAGCCCGCAGAGAGUCAACGUCGGUGGCAAGUUGGAUAUCAUGUGCUUUGACAAGACGGGCACAAUAACCGAAGACGGGCUCGACGUCCUCGGCAUCCGCGUAGCUUCGGCGGAUACGCACAAAUUUGGUGACAUCAUUUCGGUAGCACCUCGAGUCACGCCGGGAGUUGCUGCAGGAUCCAAGGGACCGAGUUCCUUGCAUGCAGCGCUUUACACAAUGGCAACCUGCCAUUCUCUGCGUUCCGUGGAUGGGGAGCUGGUUGGCGACCCGUUGGACGUCAAGAUGUUCGCUUUUACGAAUUGGACUUUUGAAGAGGGAGAGCAAAGGAUGGGAGAGGCCGAGGAUGGCGAGCAAGGCGGCCUGGCCCCUUCGAUUGCGCGCCCAAUCGAUGGGUCUCUUGAGCUCGGCGUGCUGAAGUCGUUUGAGUUUGUCUCGCAACUACGACGCGCAAGCGUCAUCGUGCGCCACUUUGGACGAAAGAGCGGUGACAUCUUUGUCAAGGGAGCGCCGGAGGCCAUGCGAGAGAUUUGUCGCGAAGAAAGCAUUCCGAGCGACUAUGACGAGCUCUUGUCGUUCUAUACCCAUAAAGGAUACCGCGUCAUUGGCUGUGCGACGCGCCAUCUUUCAAGACUCAGCUGGGUCAGGGCGCAGAAGAUGUCGAGGUCCGAGGUCGAGAGCGGCCUCGACUUUGUUGGCUUCAUCAUCUUCGAGAACAAGCUGAAACCGGCGUCGGCCGGCGUGCUGAAGGAGCUUCGCGACUCCAACAUCGGCACCGUGAUGGUGACGGGAGACAAUAUUUUGACUGCCAUCAGCGUUGCGCGAGAGUGCGGCCUUGUCGAUCGCCAUACCCACUGUUUCGUUCCUCGUUUUGUCCGGGGGGAUGCUCGUGAUCCAACUGCCGAGUUGCAGUGGGAGAGCAUCGACAACAGCAUUUAUAGCCUUGACAACACCACGUUGCUGCCUCGACCCGCCCCACCGGAGGGUGACGUCUCGCUCCCUUUCGACAUCUCUAAUCUCCGAUACUACUCUCUCGCCGUGAGCGGAGACGUAUUUCGGUGGAUUGUUGAUUAUGCGUCUCCUGAAGUCUUGCAAAGGAUGCUCGUUCUCGGCAAGAUUUUUGCAAGGAUGUCCCCCGACGAAAAGCACGAAUUGGUAGAGAAGCUGCAGAGCAUAGACUACUGCUGCGGGUUCUGCGGCGACGGAGCCAACGAUUGCGGGGCGUUGAAAGCAGCCGAUGUGGGAAUAUCGCUGUCCGAGGCCGAGGCGUCCGUCGCCGCCCCCUUUACCUCGAGAGUGUUUGACAUCCGCUGCGUCCUGGAAGUCAUCAGGGAAGGGAGGGCGGCGCUGGUGACGAGUUUCAGCUGCUUCAAGUACAUGAGCCUGUACUCGUCGAUUCAGUUCACAUCCGUCAGUUUCCUGUACGCCAAGGCGUCGAAUCUGGGAGACUUCCAGUUCCUCUUCAUAGACCUCGUCCUCAUCUUACCCAUUGCCGUUUUCAUGGGUUGGACGGGGCCAUCGCCGGCUCUUUGUCGGAAGCGACCAACGGCGGACCUCGUAUCGUUGAAGGUCUUGACGCCGCUCCUGGGUCUCAUGUGCGUCUGCAUCUUCAUACAGAGCGUGGCGUACGUGACGGUCCGAGAGCAGGAGUGGUACAUUCCGCCGAAGCUGAAGCAUGAUGAAUCAAGCAUCAAAAACUCGGAAAAUACGGCGCUGUUCUUGGUAUCGUGCUUCGAAUACGUCCUGUCCGGCGUGCUGCUCAAUGCUGGACCGCCGUUUAGGCAGAGCAUCUUUUACAACUGGCCGUUUAUGGCAACGAUUGCUCUGACGUCGGCGGCGACGCUAUACAUGCUGCUGGCUCCAGCACAUGGGCUCAUGAAACUGAUGCAGCUGACGCGAAUGAGCUGGGAUUACAAGCUGUUCCUUGCGGAGCUGGGGGUUAUGUAUUUGAUGAUGGCGUGGAUAUUCGACAAGUAUCUCGCCGUGGGGCUCGCGAGAUUCUUGGCCGUUGCAAGAGAACGGAUCACAGGACGGUCCAAAAAGCGCAAAGCGUACAAGAUUAUUCGAGAGGGGAUGUGGAACUGA